AUGAAAGAGUUGCACAAGAAGUUCAUCAAGGUUAAAUUUAAAUAUAUCCCGAGAAGCCAAAAUGAGUUAGCAGAUGCAUUGGCGAUCUUGUACUCUAUGAUUCAAUAUCUAGACAAGAAUUUCAUAGAUCCUACCAAGGUGAAUGUACAAGACCAACCAAUAUACUAUCUUCAUGUAGAUGUAGAACCAGAUGGCAAAGCCUGGUACUAUGACCUCAUGAGGUAUCUCAAGGAGGGAUACUAUCCAGAAGGCAUAACCAGUAUUCAGAAGAGAACACUUCGAAGAUUGGCAAAUAACUUUUUCCUAAAUGGAGAAAUCCUUUAUAGGAGGAUUCCAAAUUUAGGAUUAUUAAGGUGCAUCGAUGCUCAAGAGGAAAUCAAGUUAGUCAAAGAAAUACAUGGGGCCAUGUGUGCGCUGCAUAUGAAUUGUUUUGUUUUGGCAAAGAAGAUUCCUCGAGUUGGAUAUUUUGUGAUGACAAUGAAGACAAAUUUUAUUCACUUUGUGCAAAAAUUUCAUCAAUGCCAGAUUCAUGGUGAUUUGAUUCAUGUUCCACCAAAUGAACUCAAUAUGAUGGAUUCUCCUUGGCCAUUCGCAGCAUGGGGCAUGGAUAUCAUUGGUCCUAUCUAG